AACCUGGCUGAAGAAAAGGAAAACGAGAAACAGGUUGUGGAGAAGCAGAUGAAGCAAAAUUUAGAAUGACACCCUUGAAAGGCAAGUGGAGCGGUUGUUGCAAGACCUCAAAAUGAAAGACGAGUUGAUUCAGUUUCAAGAAAGUAGACUUGGUGAAGUGAAGGCAGAGUAUCAGCUGAUGAUGGUGCUAGAAGACAUUCAGAGGUCCAUUUCUGACCAUGAAGGUGCAGCUGGGAGUAGAGGCAGCGAGAAAAAGUCAGGGAAGUCACAAAAUGAUAUAGCUAAAUUGAUCAACAAGCUCAAAAAUGAGUAUGAGGGAGAGGUGAACCGACUGAAGGAUUUUGUUCAUAAGGAAAAGCAGAGGUCUGAGGCAACCAUUAGGAAAGUUGAAGCACAGCAUAAGGAGCAGUUGCUGGGAAUCCACAAGGAAAGCAUACACUUGCUGAGAGCCAUCAAUCGGUUCAAGGACACAGUGGCACAAAUAUUGGACAAAGAGAAUCUACCAGAUGCUGCCUACUACGUCCGGCAGUUGGCUAAUUUACCCACAGAAGAAGUACCCAGUGACGCCAAGUUCCUCCUGGGACAAAUGGCUAGCAAUGCAGUUGAGCUGCUGGUUGCCAUAGAGUUCAAGUUGUCCCAAGCACUGCUGAACAAGAGGUUUGAAAUCAAGGAUAACACCAUAGCCAAAGCUUUUGCAAACAAAGAUUUGGAGACUAUAAUGGCAGUGAUGAAGAAAGUAAAACACAACAACCAGCAGAUGACAGAUGAACUUAGGCAAACCAAACAACAACUGUCUGCUGCCGAGGAGGCACUCAAGGGAAUAAGAAAUGAAGAGAACACAAAGUAUGGCAGUUUGACAGACAGAUACAAGCGGCUGUGGGGCCAAUUUAAUGCUUUACAAAAGGACUACCAGCUCUUGGAGCAAAAUGUUUUGACCAAAACCAAUAGAACAAUUGCAAUGAAGGAAAUGAUAAAAGAGAGAAAGGGUAAAUUGCAGAAAGAACUUCAAGCUCAUAAAGAAAUGGUUAAGGAAAUGCAAAAGCAGCAAUAUUCCCAAUCUUCUGUUCCUGGCCUGACAUCUUUGCCUGAAAUGAGGCCUUGCAGUCAAUGCAAGGAUUACAAGAAAAAGUUGGAGCUCCUGGAGUCAAGUUAUCGGCAAAGCAAAAUAUCACAGGAGAGAUAUGAAGAAACUAAGAGGCUGCUAGAGAAAUCCAUGGAUGUAGCAGGUGUACGUCUGCAGAGAUUAUUCACUAGAUAUGUUAUCUUCUGCAGGAUAAAUGGCAUCAAAGCAAAAUUGCUGAAAUACCUGGAGACUGAAAAUCUUCUCCCAGAGAGACAUGAUAAAGUCAACUUAUAUGUUCAAAACAUGGAUCAAAAGCUGUCACUGCUUUCUGAAAGAUGGGCUUGUGAAGAUGAAAAGAUGGAAAUGAUAAGAAGUCUCCUGAAUUCGGAGUUGGAUCAUGUGUUCAGGAACAUUGUUUCAGAGUUAGAGCUGCCAUCUGCUCACUCCAUAAUCCUGGAAUUUACCACCGAGCUGCCACAGCUGACACCACCUGUAUCAAACCAUACAGAGAAAUGUGAGAGGAGUGGUAUUCAGCAGGUGCCACCCAGCAGUAGAGGGGUGUUCUUGCCACCCCUGGGGAAGACAUCUGGCAUCAUUGGGAAGUGUGCAUUGACAAAGGUGGCCACUGAGCCAUGCUGGCAGGUAGCCAGCAGUCUGGACACAGAUGAACUGACCUCUGUCACAGUGACUGACCUUCCCAGACUGGUGGAGAUGGACAUGCAGGAUACAAGGAUCAGAGCUGGACACAGGAAAUCCAGAUCGUUUUUUCCACUCUCCAAGGCAGAAUUUUGUGACUAUGCAUGGAAUCCUAAAGAGUCAGAAACCCGGAAGACAUACCAAGAAAUUAAUUUCUAAUCAUGGAAGUAAAAGUUCCUCUAUCAAGGACUUUCGUUAUCAGUAUUAACUGCCUGUGUUGGGAUUAAUUCUUUCGACUGCUUGCAGGUUGUUGAC